UGUUGGGAAAGAAAAACAAGAUAUUAGAACCCACCAAUCUCCAUCUCCGUGGAAAGAAACAAGAUCUCUGUGUCUGGACUGGAUUAUAGCUAAGAUUCAUUCACUUUCAAUGUUGUGGCUUCUCUAUAAGAGCCCCCACAGCUUUUUCUAAUAUUUUCUCACUAUCAAUGGCGGCCAACAGCACUAACCCGGCUCUGGAACCGGAUCCGGAUCGCCCAGACCACCCGGGUCUGGAGUUGGCUCAAUUCGGAGCAGGGUGCUUCUGGGGGGUGGAGCUUGCGUUUCAGCGCCUUGUUGGGGUGGUGAAGACGGAGGUGGGGUUCUCUCAGGGCCACGUCCCUGACCCAACCUAUAAGCUCGUCUGCACCGGAACCACCAACCAUGUGGAGGUGGUUCGGGUCCAGUUCGACCCCGAUGUGUGCCCCUACUCCAACCUCCUCUCUCUCUUCUGGUCUCGGCACGAUCCCACCAGCCUCAAUCGCCAGGGUGCUGAUGUGGGCACACAGUACCGAUCGGGGAUAUACUACUACAAUGAGGCCCAGGCUCGUUUAGCUCGUGAAUCAUUGGAAGCUAAGCAGAAGGAGUUGAAUGAUAGGAACAUUGUCACUGAAAUUCUUCCAGCAAAGAGGUUUUACAGAGCAGAGGAGUACCAUCAGCAAUAUCUGGAGAAGGGUGGAGGUAAAGGCUUACGCCAGUCUGCUGAAAAGGGCUGCACUGACCCCAUCAGAUGCUAUGGUUGAUGAAUUAUAUAGAAUUUUAUGUUUGGAACUUCCACCUCUGUUUGGGGUUCUUGCUUCUUAGUUCCGAAUCAAUAAUUACAAACUACUCUAGUCUAGUUGUUAAAUCUUAAGGGAGCCUAUGGUUGGAGCACGUUCUAGAAACAAUCUGAUUUGUCAUAUGGAUGAAGCUUCCACUAUGUUUGGGCUUCUUGCUUGGUACUUCAGAAUUAAUAAUUAAGAACUACUCCAUCCCAGAUUGUCUUUGAAACAUUUUAGUAAUAAAAUGCUUCUAUGAUAUGUUGAGCUUU